AUAUAUGCUAUUCCCAAACUAACUGCAUCUACUCAGGGGACUAUCCGAGUAACAAAAUAACAAACCUUAGGGAGCAUACGUGCUAUUUUCAAAAGGUGGGGACUAAACGUGAAAAAACGUGAAACCACAGGGACCAUCCGGGCAAUUAACUCUAAAGAUUAUGUUCUUUCAAUUUCUAGCUCUUUUUUGUGUCUUGUAGCGAAUAGCAGCGAUGGCGGAAAUCCUACCAAUCGGUACAAUAUUAGCUGUGGCCAUAAGCCAGGUCAUCAAAACCGCUCACGCUGCGAAAGACGUAGUUAUCGAAAAGGAGAGUUUCCGGACCCUUUCUGCUCACCUUUUCGACAUCGUGAGUGUGUUAAAACAACUCGAGCUAGGAGAAUUAAACGAGUCACCAAUCACAAGAAAAGCCCUCGAAAACCUCGAAACCGAUGUCAAAAAAGCGAAUGCCCUUGUGGAAAAAUACAAAAACCGAGGCCGUUUCUACUUGUUAAUUAAAUGCAGGCACAUUGUCAAAGAGGUUCAAGAUGUAACACGAGACAUCGGAAAAUCGUUAAAUAGUUUAUGUCUUGCGAACGCCGAGAUCCUAUCCGGGAUAUCCGAUGAAGUAACGCGGUUGCAAAACGAGAUGCAACGAGCUGAAUUCGCCACGUGUCAGUCUCAGAUUCGAAUCCUCGAUAAGUUAGACCAGGGGCUUGCGAGUCAAAAACUCGACAACGGUUUUGCGAACGAUAUCAUAGUGGACAUAGCUCGAGCUGUGGGCGUGACGGUUGAACCGUCUGAGAUUCGGAAAGAAUUAGACAGCUUCAAGAGAGAGAAAGAAGAAGCAGAAAACCGAAAAGAACGAGCCGAGGUUUAUCUUUUGGAGCAAAUUAUCGAGCUGUUAUCACGAGCUGAUGCUGCGCAGGAUUACGAGCAUGUUAAGGGUCAAUACAUGCAACGGUUACGUGUGAUUGAAGGCCAUGAUCCAAAAUCGGAAUCUAUUCCACCUUUUAAAGCAUUCAUUUGUGGGAUUACUAACAACGUUAUGGUUGAUCCCGUUAGUCUCUCUAACGGUACUGCAUAUUCACGAGUUGCUAUCGAAGCAUGGUUCGGUUCUGGUGAAAAAACCGACCCCAUAACCGGUGAGCCGCUUGAAGAUUUGUCGUUUAGAUCGAAUAUCCAGUUGAGACAGUCGAUUCAAGAAUGGAAAGAGCUCAAUUACUGCAUGAUAAUCCGAUCGUGCAAGUCAAAACUGAUGUCGAGAAAUGACUCAAGCGUUGAAGAUGCGGUUUAUCAAAUACGGGAUCUUAUAAAAGAAAGUUCGAUUAAUAAAGAUUGGAUUUCGAUUGGUGGACUCACUGUAUUGCUUAUCGACAUCCUCCCAAACUUGCGUAACCAACAAGUUAAAACCGAAGUAUUAGUUACGUUAAAGUAUGCCGUUGAAGGACAUGCAAGAAACAAGGAUCUCUUGGUUGAGAAUAAGGGAUUUUGUCACAUAGUGCCAUGCUUAGUGCAUGAAUCAACUCCAUCUAAAGCUGCAUUAGAGUUGAUAUAUGAAAUAGCGGUUGAGGAAUCGGGUCAAAAUGUGGAUUACACCCGAGAGCUUUCUCAGCAAUGUAAUCCAGUUUCGUUUCUCGUGACUAUUUUAAAGGGUACAGAGGCGGAGUUAUCCGAAAAAGCACACAAAAUCUUGAAGGAACUUGUAGAUAUCGAUGAAGAAAAUGCUGUUAUUUCCGCCAAAGAAGAAUGGUAUGAACCUCUUGUCGAUUGCAUCGUUCAAGGUCCAAAAUCAACAAAAAUGGCGAUUCUAAGACGGAUUGUUCAUUUAGAGCUUGAAGAACACAACACAAAGGUCCUAUGCGAGCUCGGUUUAAUUCCACCGUUACUCGAAAUGGCAUCCGCUGACCUGGAAGCAAAAGAACUAUCGUUAUCUAUGCUCGUAAAGCUUUCAACAGUUUCCGAAAACAAACGCGUUUUCUCAGCUGCCGGUGGAGUUCCUCUAAUAGUCGACACGAUGUGUUCUACCCCUUUCCCGGUCAUCAUUCCCGCCAAAUGUUUGGAAAUUCUGGAAAAACUUUCUUCCAACGGGGACGGGAUCAAAUUUCUCGUUGACGUGAACAAAACCCAACUCAAUCUCGAGUCGUUAGUCGAGAAUCUGUUAGCCUUUUUACAGAAUUCGCUUCUACCGUGUACCGUAUUGAGGCCGGUUUUACGCUCUCUUUUCAAUAUUUGCGAAUCCGAAUCGGGGCUUGUGAAGACUGCGGUUCUUACAGCUGGCGGGAUUUCUCUUGUUUUAAAUCUUCUCGAUCACGCCGAUAGUGAAACACGUGAAGCUGCUAUCAACCUCUUGUUUUUAUUCUCCAACCACGAGCCGCUAGGAGUGGCGGAGUUUCUCCUAAAACCGAGAAGAUUAGAGGCGUUUAUCGGUCUUCUAGAGAACACGAACAAAUCCGAUGUACAAAAAGCCGCAGUCGGUUUACUAGCAAACCUACCGAAAUCAGAAGUUACACUCACAAGUAAGUUAAUCGAACUAGAAGGACUAAAAGCGAUUAUAGAGAUACUGGAAUCGGGAAACACCGAAGCUAAAGAAAACGCUUUGAGUGCACUCUUUCGGUUCACGGAUCCAACCAACAUCGAGGCUCAGAAGAUGGUCGUUGAACUCGGUGCGUAUAAUUUACUCGUGGACUUCCUUAAAAACGGGUCGGUUACAGCCAAGGCACGAGCGGCUGCUCUCAUUGGUGAUCUAUCCAUGCGUAGCUCUGAGCUCACGAUGACAUCAUCAACGGGUCAAUGGUGCUCGUGCUUCGGUCGAGCCCGGGUCAACACAUGCCCAGCUCAUGGCGGUAUAUGCAGCGUGAAGAGUACGUUUUGUCUUUUGGAGGCGAAAGCGUUACCCGAGCUGGUCAAACUUUUACACGGGGAAGUCCACGCGACAGCUUACGAAGCGAUACAGACGCUAUCGACUUUAGUGGAUAAGGAGUCUCCGCGCAGAGGGACCCAUGUGCUACACGAGAGCGGGGCUGUGGUUCCAAUAUUGGAGGUAUUGAAUUGGGGUUCGGAGUCUUUAAAGGUGGAGGCUUUAGAGGUGUUGGAGAAAGUCUUUAUGUUGACCGAAAUGGUUGACCGGUACGGGUCAACGGCUAGAAUGGGUCUUGUGAGGUUAACGGGUCGGAGCAUUCAUGAAGAAGGACAUCUUCAUAGGAAGGCUGCUAAAGUGUUGUUGCUUAUCGAACGUCAUUCGCGUUCUUCAACUUCGUUUGUUACUGGAGUUAGCGGUUGACGAUUGAUCAUUUGUGAUCUCCAUUUGAAUUACAUGUUACAAAUUUCGAUUUAAAGGAUUUUGUUUCGUUACAGGCGACUCGGAUGAUAUUUGUGCACACAACUUAUUUCAUGUACAUAGUUUAAUCAAACGUUAAGAUCAUCUUUAAACAUCAUGCAAAUAUAUUCUGUUUCUUAUUUA